AUGGUAACUGCGAUCCUCACCCUUGAUACUGCUUCGCUCGUUGCUCAGGUCUCUUCACAAUUUAUGCAUGGUAAGGGGGGUUUCGUUGGAUGUUAA